ACACGUGCAUAGAUAAUGACCGCGCCCAAAGGUGACCCCAGAAUGGCUGGUCUGCACGUUAUAGCGUUGGCCUCCUGCGCUGUGCUCAUCUCCGCUCAGAUCCAUUUUCCGGAUUCAAAGAGCACCUCCCCUUCCCGAACUUCCUCGCCUGCAGUGUCGCCUUCAAGGUUCUCCCCGGCGUCCUCUUCAGCAGCGUCACCUUCAAAAUUCUCUCCCGCGUCCUCUCCUGCCUCCCAUUCCUCCUCAGCCUCUCCAUCCUCCCCGUCCUCUUCUUUCUCCCCCUCCUCCUCGUCCUCCUCUUCCCCUUCCUCCGCCAACGCCCCAUCUAAAGUAGGGCAGACAAGGUUUCUCGGCGGAGCCCUUGACGUGUUAGAUCCUCUUGGCAUCUUCCACAACCAGUGCGGUCACUGCUCCACUUUCAACCAACAAUGCUGCAACUCACAAGGCCGUUGCUGUGACUUCCAGCACGUGUCGCCCGUCGGGCCUCCCACGCACACUUUCCCUGGACAAGGACAGUUUCCAGGACAAUUUCCAGGACAGUUUCCGGGGCAGUUUCCAGGGCAGUUUCCAGGGCAGUUUCCAGGGCAGUUUCCAGGGCAGUUUCCAGGGCAGUUUCCAGGACAGUUUCCAGGACAGUUUCCGGGCCAGUUCCCAGGACAGUUCCCAGGUCAGCAGGGACAGCUAGGCACUCAUGGAUUCAAGGCCGGAGUGUGUCCUGUGCCAGCCGGAAUCCCUGGAGGCUUCCACAGGUUCGGUGGCGGCGCCCCUUGCGUGCAGGAGUGCCAGAGUGACUUCCAGUGCCGUGACGUACAGAAGUGUUGCCCCAUCGGCUGCUCCCUCGCGUGCCGCACCCCGCAGGGAGCGCCCUCCAUCGUGGAGCCAGCCGUCAAGCCUGGCUUCUGUCCCGGGGUAGGCCUCCUAGGAACCCGCUCGGGGACUGGCGCCAGCCCCAGCACCCGCAGCCAGCAACAGGACCAAAAGGAACACCAACAGAACCGCAAGGAAGGCCGACAGCAACGCAAAGAGAACCGUGGUCGGAACCGGAGGGAGGCUGACGACAACCCCUGGGACCGUCGGACGCGGCGCUCCCCUCACCACCAAGAAGACCGCAAUGACCGACGGGAAGUUCGCCUCAACCGCCUCGCAAGAUUGCAUAGCCGCCCCAUCCGCUCUGCCGGUGACGCUGACACGCGGGUGGUGCGUCAAAGUGGCGGCAGCGGUAGCAGCGGCGGCACCCAACCCAACCAAAGGUUCUUCGGGGGCAGCCCUUUCUGUGCCUCCAAUUGCCGCACUGAUUUUGACUGCGGAGGAGUCCUCAAAUGCUGCGCCGUGAACUUACAAUGUGCACAGUGCACUGUACCGCUCGGCUAGUGCCCUAGUUGCCCAUACUGAGUACCAUCACGUCCCAGGAGGACAGAUGCAGCAUCCAUCCCUACCAAAGCCGGGCGCGCCACGCCUGCACAAGUAUUAUCCAGGAAAAUAUUGCAUAUGUUGCGCUGUUCGUAGACAGAAACUGAGUUUAUGAGUCUCAGUGUUCUAUUCAAUAAUAUUUUUCUAUUGUUAUUUUUCCCCUGUACUUUAUCUGCGUACUAUAUAUAUAUAUAUAUAUAUAUAUAUAUAUAUAUAUAUAUAUAUAUAUAUAUAUAUAUAUAUAUAUAUAUAUAUAUAUAUAUAUAUAUAUAUAUAUAUAUAUUUUCCGCUUUAUUUAUUUGUUUCGUCACAUCUAUGCGAUAUUAGCAUUGUUGUUUAUUAUUUGUCUAUUUUGAAAUGCGUGAUGUUUGCUGGGCUGAUCUUACUGAAACAUUAAGAAGCUCAUAAUAUUCAGUGCAAGUUUAUGAUAGUAAUGGACACACACACACACACACACACACACACACACACACACACACACACACACACACACACACCUUUGGUAUCUAGUAUGUAGGCCCUAUGAUGGUAAUUGUAUUUUGAACGUCACCCACUAACAUUUUUGGCUUCCUCAUGGACCCCAUCACCCUUGGCUUCAACUUCACCGGCCACUGAACUUUGUUGCCAAGGCUCACCUACACAUGGUUCUGCCUUCACUGGCCGGCGUGCGUUGAAUUAAAAACAUGACGCUGUUUUAAAAUUUACUCACAGCUUCAUCACACCUGUAUUAGCUGUAAGGUUUAAAAUAAAAUUUUAUUUUUUAAGCUUUCAUCCGUAUAAGAACCUAUCGUCCUACACUUGUUUAUGUCGACAAAGGUUCCUUGCCGCAGGAAAGGAAACUGUAUUGUUCUGACCUUUUUAUUAUUAUUCUUUUUAAUUGGAAUGUUCUUUAAAACUUGACACUGGUUGCAAAUAAAGACGAAUAAGAUAG